UUCUAAUUGACGUUUUAAGCUUCAACUUUUCAUAUUACUCAACUCAUAUACUAAUUAAUUUAAUCUUAUUCUUUUUUAUUGUUCAUCAAAUCCGCUGGUUCUGCCAGCCUCCCAUUCAUUAUCAAUAUGGCAGACUCAAAAAGGCCCAAUAUACCAUCGUGGCAAGAACCGCAAUCCGAGAAUGACGCUGCACCCGAAACCAGCCAUCCACAGGACGUCGACACGCCAGACGUGACCCUUGAACAAGCGCGGAUAUUUCUAAGAGAUGAAACGGUUCGAAGUUCGAGUACAGAAAAGAAAGCAGAAUUUCUCAAAAACAAAGGGUUUAACGAUACCCAAAUCCAAGAGCUGCUAGAGGAGGUAGAACAAACCACACAAUCUCCAAACCCAUUGCCGACGACCACCAAGUCUACAGGUGGAGUUGAAAACGCAUUGCGAACUUCUGAAGAGACCAAAGACAUCGAAACAUUUACCCCUAUAGCUUCGUCCACAAACGAUCCGGUUCCAAUCAUAACCUACCCCGAAUUCUUAACUACCUCGACUAAGCCACCACCAUUGAUCACACCCUCUAGUCUCGCCAAUAUCCUGGCUGUCUCUGGCAGUGUAUGGACACUUCUAUACGGAACUGCACGAUUCGUCGUUAGUCCAAUGGUGGAUAGCCUCAACGAUGCGCGAGCCGACUAUUACGGGCAUAUAAACGAGAAACUAGAGCAGCUAGUUGAACAACUCGAAGAUGUCGUCAGCGAAGUACCAUACAAGAAUGGAAAACUAGUAUUAAAGUCAAAACAAGAUGAAGGUGCAUAUGCGGAUGACGACAGCAUCUGCAGUGAUCCCACCGAACUCUUCCACCGGGACAUAGGGACGCAGACCUCACCGAAAAUGCUGGCCCUGGAUUCAGCUGGCACGGCCAACCAGGUAGAUAAGCCCAUCGAUGCACAAGCCCGCCGUCUUGCCGCUCUUAAGGCAUCCCUCCGUGAAAUGAACGACAUGCACAUACGCCAUGCCGAAGGUGCAGCCGACCUUAACUCUCUUCUCCGAGAGGUCCGCGAUGAAAUUGAUAAAGUGGGUGCUCCUCCCAUAACCGACUUUGCCACCAUCCACGGGGGCAUGGGAUAUGGACGUAGCUCCGAGCCCGAUGACGAGGUGAAGAAGACUAGGGACGCUAUCCGCAGCGUCAAGGGAAUGUUCUUGAGUUCACGAAGCUUCCCGACUACUACAGCGAGAUAGGAGAAAAAAGUUGCUAUAUCAUACGGGCAAGACAAGCCGACCGAGAACCCACCCCGAGUCACGUCUUCUAAGCCACGCACCAUGCGUUUCGAGUACCUGUCAAAGAAUAUGCAGUAUAUGAAACUCGACGAUUCCA